AAAUCAUAACCGACUUGCCUGAUGAAGUAACGAGCAUAGCACGAGGCAACCACGUAGCCUGUCUGUUGGUCGGUCCCUUCUCCGAGCUGGGCUGUGUCCCUCCCUCGCCUCAUCGAUGGAGGAAACCCUAGCCGUCGAAGCCGCCGCGGUGGCCGAGACGCCGGAGCGGAAGGAAGAGACGCUCGAGGAGGUGCUCUCGAGGCACAGGAAAGAGAAAUCCAAACUCCAGGACAGGGAAACAAGCCUCAAGAAAGCUGCUGCCAAAGGAAGCAAAGCUGAGCAGAAGGCUAAGAAAAAGCAGGUAGAGGAAGAGAUAUCACGCCUCUCAGUUGAGUUAGAGGCGAAACAUGCUGCAGAGCUUUCUUCUUUUGGGUACAAACCCUCAGCCAGCUCAGAAAAGGGAAACCUCGACAACUUAGUGAAGGCAAUAGCUGGUGUUUCCUUGUCCAACAGUUCUGAUCCCGCAAAGCCCAGCAAGGGUGCACGACGGCGAGAGAAGAAGGCAAAGGAAGAAGCUGCUCGAGAGCAGCGGAUCCAAGAAGAACAAAGCAAUCUUGUCAGUGAUCGCAUGCUAGAAAACGUGAAGCUCGAAAAAAAGCUUGAGCCCUUGGGGCUGACCAUUCGAGAGAUAAAGCCAGAUGGCCACUGCCUGUACCGCGCUGUUGAAAACCAGCUAUCACUUCAUUCCAACAGUGCUACACGGUACAAUUACCAGGAGCUACGGCAAAUGACAGCCAAGUACAUGAGGGAGCACUCUGCCGAUUUCCUCCCCUUCUUCUUAGCAGAAGGCAAGGUCGAGACCGGACCAUAUCCCUCAGAGAGCUUUGAGAGGUACUGCCAGGAGAUUGAGUCCACUGCUGCUUGGGGCGGGCAGCUGGAGCUUGGUGCACUGACCCACUGCCUCAAGAAGCACAUUGUGGUCUACUCGGGCUCCUUCCCGGAUGUGGAAAUGGGCAAAGAAUACAGAUCUGGAUCUGGAGGUAGUAGCACUGACUACGUGAGCAUCAGGCUGUCCUAUCACAGGCACGCCUAUGGUCUCGGUGAGCACUACAACUCGGUGAUUCCCACUGAGUUAUCUUAACAAAAGAAAUUGAUGAGGUCUCUGAUAUGUUUGCCCGUGGUACCUGUCAGAGUAUAAACACAAUUGACGACUUGUUUUUGGUUUUUGUUACGUUUUCCAUCUUUAUCAGCAGUCGGUGAAGGUUGAGUGUACCAAUCAAAGAUGUACUCGGGAAUUUGUUUCCCGAACAAUUUUCUCUCAUCAGUUAUAUGUUUCAUGGGUUAAGGUUGUGUACCAUUACUGUUCUCAUUAGAUAUAGUAUGUUGUUGCUUA